AUGGGGACCCCUCCUAUCCUCGGUGGCACGGUGGAAUACCCCCGAUGGCGGGAGCACCCCGAAAACAAAGUGAACACCCCCAAAUCAGCGGGGGGGGCUCCCGAAAUCGAGGGGGACCCCUCCCAACCUCUUAGGGGUGGUGGAUUACCCCCCGGGGCGGGGGUACCCCAAAACCUGGGGGUAGCCCAAAACCGGUAUGUGGGCCCCCCGAAAUCGAGGGGGACUCCUCCCAACCUCUUCAGGGCGGUGGAAUACCCCCCGGGGUCGUGGGUACCUCAAACCCGGAGGGCACCCCAAAACCGGCAGGGGGCCCCCGAAAUCGAGGGGGACCCCUCCGAACUUCUUUGGGGUGGUGGAAUACCCCCCGCGGCGGGGGUACCCCAAAACCUGGGGGUCACCCCCAAACCGGCAGGGGGCCCCCCGAAAUCGAGGGGGACCCCUCCCAACCUCUUCGGGGUGGUGGAAAAAACCCGGGGCCGGGGGCACCACAAAACCGAAAUAUACCUGCAGAUCUAUGGUGAGCUAGCUGGUCCGGUAGAAAAGGAAAGGAACGCAGCCAAGAGGAAGAGGGAAAAGGUGGUGGUCCACAAAACCCCCCGGAAUCGUCCUGUGAGCAAAUCCAUCAUGGAAGCCUUGUGGACGACAUUUAAAAUGAAGCAUCAGGUCAGGACCGCUGAAGCAGUGAGACUGGCCGGAGAUUUGGCGAUCUCCUUUCCACAGGUUGCAGCCUUGUUCCAGAGCACCAGAAGGAAACACCAGGAAAUGGCUAAGGUCCAGAAGAAGGCGACAAAGUCUGCGCAAGAUGAAGUCUUCCAUAGCCCACUGCACGUGCUCCCCUUAAAACGGAUUGCCCCAGAGCUGCCCCUUGCUCGCUCCAUCGGGCAAUCUGGGCAUUCCAAUUCUGAAAACGUCAAACAUAAGCCAUUGAAAAGGGCAGACUUUCAUAUAUUCUUGAAGGAUUUCACCCGAUUGAAAUUGCAUCGUGAAGGGUUUGACCUGAAUAAAAGUUUUGUAGAGGAAAUUGCUCUAAAUCACCGUUGGCUUCCAAGUUCUAUUCUAAAUUGA